AUGACAGCCAUCAAUGACACACAAUUCAGCUCUGCAGUGUUCCUCCUCACUGGGAUAGCUGGGCACGAAGACAUCCAUAUCUGGCUCUCUAUUCCCUUCUGUUUAGUGUACGCUAUCUCGAUAGUAGGAAAUUCAGUCAUUCUCUUCAUCAUAAAAACAGAUUCAAGCCUCCAUGAGCCCAUGUACAUUUUCCUUUCCAUGUUGGCCCUCACAGACCUUGGCUUAUUAAUAGCCACCAUGCCGACGAUCCUGGGAAUAUUCUUGUUUAACUCUAGGGAGAUUAGUCUCCAUGCCUGCUUGGCCCAGCUGUUCUUCAUCCACUCUCUUUCCAAAAUAGAAUCCUCUGUGCUGUUGUUGAUGGCCAUUGAUCGCUUUGUUGCAAUCAGUAACCCAUUGAAAUACACUUCCAUCUUAACUCUGCCAAGAAUAGCUAUAAUGGGACUAGUGUGUGUGCUAAGAGGGGUGGCUGUAAUGGUACCACUCCCCAUUCUUCUGAAACAGUUCCAAUACUGUCAAUCUAAUGUCCUCUCCCAUUCCUACUGCCUGCAUCAGGACAUCAUGAAGUUGGCUUGUUCAGACAUCACAGUCAACAGCAUCUAUGGCUUAUGUGUUAAAGUCUUUACAGUAGGGUUGGAUUCAUUUCUCAUCUUUGUGUCUUAUGUGAUGAUCCUCAAAACUGUGCUGAGCAUCGCAUCCCGCACGGAAUCCCUCAAGGCCCUAAACACCUGUGUCUCCCACCUCUGCGCCGUCCUGCUCUUCUACACAUCAGAUAUCGGCCUAACGUUGCUACACAGAUUUGGGGACAGCUCUUCUCACUUGCUUCAGAUUCUUCUGGGCUACAUCUAUUUUCUGAUCCCACCCUUGAUAAAUCCCAUCGUGUACAGUGUGAAAAGCAAACACCUGCGUGGGAGAAUAAUCAAGGCAUUUGUCAAGCGAGGGUCAGUUCAUUGUUGA